AUGAGCUCUGCCGGAGACGAAGAGCACACUGCUGCGAGCGGAGAACAGAUCCGCCCGCCGGUGCAGGACGGCAGCGAUACGGAGCUUGCAAGUUUGCAACUGCAGAUUUCGCAAUUGGCGGCCCUGGUGGAGGAGUCGGNCGAAGAGCACACUGCUGCGAGCGGAGAACAGAUCCGCCCGCCGGUGCAGGAGAGCCGCGAUGCGGAGCUUGCAAGGGCGGCUGGGUGGCCGCCCCCAGAGGCCAAGAGCCCACACAGCCGCUCGGCGGAGGAGGGGGAUUUCUCCAGCAGACUGGACGGACAAUUGAUCGGCAACAACGAGAGACAUGCACCCGUCGGCAACCCAAACGUGCGAAGCUCGGAGCUGUACCGCCUCGAAUACACGAGCGAAGAGGUCCAGAGGGGUCUCCAAGCGUUCCAUUUUGUUUCCACUGCCAUCGUCAGAGAAGCCGACAAGGCGAUCGUGAACAAAUGCGAGACCGCAGAAGAGAUCCUCGCUGAACUCGACAAAAUCUACGAUCCGGAAUCGCAGGGCUCGAAAAACCCCAUCGAGCACCUACACUCGCUCGAGCUGCUGUACUCACGCCUACGCGAAAAAGGGCCCAACGCUGACGCACCCUUUGUACUCGCCCACUUCGUUGGUGCCCUCGCACCCAAGUACCAACAAGCGAAGUUCCUGUUGGAGACAGCAACGGCGCUGGAUAGGGCCGGAAUCGUCAGGAUCGUGAGCACGGUGCAAUCGAGCCUCCCGGAGUGGAGGAAGGCCUCGAAGGACGAGCGGAGGGCGGAGCACGCUCUCCUCGCGAGCGACGCGGCGGCGGCGGCGGCAACCAGAACGGGAGAGGGGGUGGCGCGAAGGCUGGUGGCGGCGGCGGAGGCGGCGACGGUGGUGCGGGUAGCAUGCGCGGUCGCUGCUUCCGGUGCGGCAAGAAGGGCCACCACGUGGCCGACUGCACCGAGAGCGUGCCCGUGCGAUGCGAGACAUGCAAGGGCUACGGACACGACAAGAGCAAGUGCCCGACCGAGGAGGCGGUGCUCGUGGUGGAAGUGCCGGCGAGGGGGGUGUCUGCGGAUGCCACAGCACUGGACGUGGCAGAAAAGGCGCUGGUGGUCGGUGACAUCUCAGGCGAGUGUCACAGAGUUGUUGGUCGAGGAAGUGUAGACCGGGCGAGGCGGGGGAGGUAUGUUGCCGAUACCGGCGCUACCACCCACGUGUUCGCGAACUCAGAUGGGUUCGUCCGAUAUCAGGAGUGUGAUCGACGUGUGCGCGUCGCCGCCGGAGAAACUUUUUCCCCAUCGUGGGGUACGACGACGUCACCGUGACCCUUGGCUCGCGCGACGGGACAACAGACCUGUUCCUGGAACGGGUUGCACACGUUCCUCGACUAGACUACAACCUAGUGUCCCUCUGACGUCCCUCUUCGACGACGGGUUCAAAACAAAAACCCUAGACAAACACGAGUUGGAGUCGGAGAAAGAGGAGGGGAAGGCGGUGUACUUCCCCCGAUGCGGUAACCUGUACGUCCAAUACGGUUUCCGCACACACGCCGAACAUGCCCAUGCCGCAAUCGCUCCUGGCAACGCGAAAGCGUCCAGCACCCCCGUUGACAUCAACGAUUUCCACUGCGCGCACGGCCACUCCCACGAGGUGCUGCUAAGGACCACGGCAAAGCAGCAGGGGACGACGCUGGUGGACGAGCUCCGGGAGUGCAUGGGGUGCUCGACGACGAAGGGGCUUUCCAAGCCCAUCCCCAACAAAACGUCGACCCGAGCAGAUAAGAAACUGCAGCGAGUUUUCGUGGAUUUGAGUGGAAAAGCUAGGGUGCAGAGCUUCGGGGGAAAGUGGUACACUCUCAUUGUCAAGGAUAAUUAUUCAAGGUGAAACCGUGUCUAUUUCCUGAAGCACAAAUCAGACGCCGCUGAGGCAUUUGAGAGGUACCUUGCAGAAAAACGGGCAGACGGUGCCCCGUCCGAUGUCAUGGUCGUGAGAUCUGACAAAGGAGGUGAGUUAUUUUAGAGAGAGUUCGGCAGGGUGUGCCGGAAGUACUGCAUCAAACAGGAGUUCACUCCCGCACACAGCCCAGAAUACAACGGUGUAGCCGAGGGAGCACUGGGUCUGAUCAAGGAUGCAGCACUAGCCGCCCGUAUCCAAGCACCAACUCUCUACCCCGGAGCACCAACUACCCCUCCCUUUGGGCCGAGGUCAUAGCUUGGGCAUGCAACGCCCUGAACUGCACCUCAACCACAUCCAACCCAGAGAAGAAAUCGCCGUACGAGAUGUGGCACGGGCACCCUCCCCGGCCGGGGGCGACGUACCCGUUCCUCAAACCUGCCGUAUACAAGGUCAAGCGCACACACAAAUCCGAGCCGAAAGCCCAACAGUGCUUCCAACUCGGCCCGGGAAUCAACACCAACCGUGAUUGCGUGCGCAUCUAAACGGCAAACGCCAAGCGAUCACAAUUCGCAACUUCACCUGGCAACCCGU